AUGUGCUGCGCCCUGGACGGGAGGACCUCGAGGCUGGGCUUCGUGGCUCUGCUGCUGCUGCUGGGGCUGGCCGAGGUGGCUGCAGGUUCCUGCUUGAGCUACGGACAUUCAUGCUGGGGAGCCCACGGCAAGCGGAGCGGAGCGCGCAGCCAGGAGAAGUUCGUAGUUCCGGAGAACGCCGAGCAGAGCGUUGCUGUGGCGGCGCCGGACGACGCCAGGUGGUUCCUCGCGCCGCUGGUAGAUGGCGUCAGCGGUAACGAAGUGUGGCGAAGCAGUGAAGACACCGACAGCGUAGAUAGCGCUGCGAGCAGGCCGCUGGAGGACUCUGCGGGCCGGCCCGUGGCGGGUGACAUCGCCGACCUGCCGGCGGACGUGGUGCUGAUGCCGGCCCCGGACCAGCAGGGCGCCAGGCGGACACCCCACAAGCUGCUGCUCUACAAGAUACUGUGGAGAGAAUGGACGCCACCCUUCUCGACUGUUCGGGCGUUCGGGUCGUUUCGAGAUGACGCGACUCGUUACAGCGGCGCUCGUCGGUUCGAGAAGGGUGCCACAGACUACUUAGACAGCGUCGAUGAGUGCCCCGUCUGGGUCGCGUGCGCCUCGCACACGACUGCUUCAGCGACCACACUCGCUGUCCGGUAA